AUGCCACCGAAGAAAUUAGCCGAACCAGAAAUUAAGCCUUUGAUCGGGCGCAUCGGAACGAACCUUCGCAUCGGUAUCGUUGGCGUGCCGAACGUGGGUAAAUCAACGUUCUUCAACGUACUAACGAAGAGUGCCGCACCAGCAGAAAAUUUCCCUUUCUGCACGAUCGAUCCUAACGAGAGCAGAGUUCCAGUGCCCGAUGCUAGAUACGAUUAUCUGUGCGAAUAUCAUAAGCCAGCAAGUAAGGUGCCAGCGUACCUGAACGUGGUGGAUAUUGCCGGUCUGGUGAAAGGUGCUGCCGAGGGACAAGGUCUUGGCAAUGCAUUCCUCUCGCACAUCAACGCGUGCGAUGCCAUUUUUCAUCUGUGCCGUGCGUUUGAUGAUCCGGACGUGACACACGUGGAGGGCGAGGUGGAUCCGGUACGCGAUCUAUCCAUCAUUAGCGAGGAGCUGCGUUUGAAGGACGAGGAAAAGCUGAUGAUUAACCUUGACAAGCUGGAGAAGCUGGUCACGCGCGGUGGUGAUAAGAAAAGCAAGCCGGAAUAUGAAACUUUGUUGAAAAUCAAAGACGUUCUAGUUGACGAAAAGAAACACAUCCGGUUCGCUGACUGGAGCGCUCAUGACAUCGAGGUACUAAACAAAUACCUCUUCCUGACAUCCAAACCGUGCAUCUAUCUCGUCAACCUGUCAGAUAAGGAUUUUAUACGCAAGAAGAACAAGUGGCUGCCAAAGAUCAAGGAGUGGAUCGACAAGAACGAUCCGGGUGCACCGAUAAUCCCCUUUUCCGGUGCGUACGAACAUCAGCUGGCCGAGUUGGAAACGGACGCCGACCGCAAAGCGUACGAGGAGGAGCACAAAUGUGUCUCGGUGCUGGACAAAAUUAUCACCACCGGCUACAAGGCGCUGCAGCUCGAAUACUUCUUCACCGCCGGCCCGGACGAGGUGAAGGCGUGGACGAUUCAGAAGGGUACAAAGGCACCGCAGGCGGCGGGUCGCAUUCACACCGACUUCGAGAAAGGUUUCAUCAUGGCGGAAGUGAUGCACUUCGGCGACUUUAAGGAGGAGGGCACCGAGGCAGCGGCAAAGGCCGCCGGCAAGUACCGGCAGCAGGGCCGUAACUACGUCGUUGAGGAUGGCGAUAUCAUCUUCUUCAAGUUUAAUGCCGGUGCCGGAUUGAAGGAUGCGAAGAAAAAGUGAUAUCACCAGGCUGUCACCACCAUCAUCGUCGCACUGCUCUACAUUAAUAUGAUAUUCUAUGCACACAUGUUUC